AUGAAAGUUCAAUUCGUUUUAUUAAUUGUGGGGUGGUUUGGCCAUUUUGGCACUCUUGCAGCAUCCGGUAAGUUUGUAAAAACAACUUACAAUAUUUUUUUUGUUAUUUUAAAAUUGUAUCAGAAAUAACCACAAGCGUUUGCUAAAUAUAUAUAUAUUGCAGGACCAAAUAAAGACUGUAUUUCUCCGAGAAAAGUUUAAGUAUUUAUAAAUAAAUAGUCCGAUAUUUCCUUGACUUCUAGAGUAGAUUUUAUUGUGAUUUGGUAUUUCAGCCGUGAGAAUAUUUCAAUUGAAAUCAAUGAACGGGAGAACGGUUCCAAGCAACAAAAAAAUGAUUGAUUGUCGUGGUUGUUGUUUUUUAUCUUGAAAUCUAGACUGCAAAAAAAAAUUCCCCACUAUGGUAAGCGGGUGAGUGGUGGUGGCGGUGGUUGGGAGUGGUGGACGUGGAACGGCCGUUUAGCUUUGCUGUAGAGAAACCCCAUUAUAGGGAGUUCCUCCUCCCUCAUUGGCCUUGUUUUUUUUUCCUUUACUAAUACCGUUUUAUUGAACAUGUUUAAUAGGUUGUGGGCUACUGGUCAACAAUACCCUUAAGAGUCCUGGAUAUCCAAGCCACUACCCAAGCAAUACACACUGUGUGUACAGUGUUUCUAUUCCAGAGGGAAUGGCGCUGAAAAUAGUGUUUCUCGAUUUUUGGUUGCAGGACCCUCUAAUACCACAUAUAAUGUCCUUGUGGUGAGCAAUUAUAGUAUACAGGUUACUUGUAAGACCAGCUUGUUCGCAGGGUAGUUUAAUACAUUCUUAUUCAACCUCUCCUUCUUUUUCCAAUAAGAACCAUAAACACUUUGUGUAGUUGAAAAUGUGGAAGUGAAUAACAAAAUGCUCAAUAAAGAAUUGAAACAAUUUGUUAACCUUGUGAAACUCUACCCUGCUAGCAUCAUGUUAGAAUUUUAAUAUAUGAAGUGUGGGCUAUUUAUUUCUAUAUUUAAUUUCUUGCAGCUUCUCCGAUUACCUAAAGGUUGCAGACGAAAACAAAGUGGAGGUUGGUAGAUUCUGUGGGGAGCUUACUGGCGAAGAAGCUGUCGUUGGAGGAAGUCGAGCAUUGUUAACUUUUUACUCAAACGGAUGGACCGAAAAAAGAGGAUUUUUCCUUAAUUUUACUUUUUCAAAGCCUUGUAAGUGUCCAAAGCGUGCUGCGAGUUGUUAUGGUGGGCUUCGAUAUGCAAGUGUGUCACUCACUCAGAUGUAGGCAAUAUUCGGCUCCGAAAUCGAGAGACUUCGGUGUCCGAUAUGAAAACGACAUAUUUGCGUUGUUGCCGAAGUGCACUUUGGAUACUCAUUCACUUGCUCUAACUCUGUCAAUAUAAUAUACGAUGAGUAUCUCGAUCAUAGGGCCGCUUGAACGGUGUAACCCCUGAGACCCGGAGAGUUGAGCUCAUGGAUACGCAAAGCGUGUUUUGAGAGGUACAUGCACUACAGCCGCGGGAAUGUUUUUGGGCAUAUAAUUGCGAAUAAAUUAUUUUUUUAUCACGUGACUUCUAAAUUUUCUAUACGAUGUAUUCGCUAGUUCCGCAUUGUUUUUACUUUGAGCAUGCAUUGAUAUUGCAUGUCAUUAUGAUGCAUUGCAUCCCUCUUUAUUGUAUUGCAUUGCAUUGUAUUUUUUGUAUCGUAUAGGAUUAAACUAGUCAAAAGAGUCAUUCUGGUACCGGAGUUGCUAAGGCGUUUACGCGUUAGUAAAUAGGGAAUUUCAUGAUGCCUCGACGGCAGCGGCAAUGAGGACGUCAAAAAUCUAGUAGGCCCCCUGCAAGCGAACGCAACAUUGUUGCUUCCUCUUGCAUGUCGCUUAAGGUUAGGUUUCUCGAGAAACUUCCGACUCCGACUCUAUUCUAAUCCAUUGUGUUGAAGUAAAUGCUGUUUUUUGCGUAUCAUUGUACUGCACCUAAUAACGGAAGAAUUUAUUUGUCUUUUCAGUCUUUCCCAAUAUUACAGCACCAGUUCCAGGAACUAUUAUUCGCACACCAGCUGGUGUCACGAAACUAAAGUGCACAUCCACGGGAACACCUCCGAUAUACACAGCAAUAAUAUUCAACGGAACUGUCCGGAAAAAUACAACCAGAUCUCCAGAAGUAAGCUUAAAUGACGAAGGAAACUACAGUUGUGUUGCCACCAGCUAUUAUGGAACUAAUAUAAGAAUUAUUCCUGUUGUUAUCAUAGGUAAGACUAUGUUCUAUUAUUUAUUGAGUUUAGCUACUAACCUUCCUAUUAUUCCAAAAAAUGCGGGAUUUUGAGAUGCCAUUCUGGAUCAUGAUUAACAGCUUGGCCGCGUGGUGAGUUUAUAAGUUUUAAGUGUUUACAAGUGAGAACCUCUCAUUAUUCAGGGAUAUUGUCUCCAAGUUUCAUAUUUUCGUCGUCAACAAUAGCCAACAUUUCUGCAUCUUUCAAAUGCAUUGUUAGCUACUGCUGUUUAUGUAAUAUAUCAAACAUGAGAUGCAGUGUUUCAUCACCAGAUGAAACACCGAGAAGAGAGUUGAAAAUACGACGCGCAGCGGAGUAUUUUUGACGAAAAUCAUUUUUGAAGGAGAAAUUAAGGAUGCAAAAAUGAGCAGUUUUUCAUCAGAUAUCCAAACACUCAUUAAACAUUAAUUUCCUUUGAAUUUUCUUUAUGAAUUAUUAAUGAGUUUGAGAAGGGAAAAUGAAACUUGGAGACAACGCCCCUUGAAUAAUAAGAGACGGGUCUUGCUUGUUAACACCAAGUUUUCGACAAAAUUAGCCAAUGUUAGCCCUUUUUUUACUGCCUUGCAAAGGUCAUAUAAAACGACUAUUAAUCUCGAGAAUCUCAAUUUUUUUGGCCUCAUAUCCCAGCUGGGAUGACGAGCUUGGGUGAUCUAGCAGUUUCAAAAUUAUUCGCUUAUCUGUUUAAGUAUGCCAAACUGUUUACAAAACCUCUAACUGGAGCGCCUCAAAGCAUACUAAUGAAAUCCUUCUUUGUUGCAAUCGACUAAAGCUAUCUCCAUGAUCUUUCAAACACGUUUUUAAAAAGAUUGAAACUACUAUGAGAUAAAAUUGCUUAUAGUAUCCAUUUUUUUGUUUUCAUACAGUUAUGUACUACGUUUUCUUCUUUUGUUAGUUGUUUAAGAGUAAAUAUUGUACCUAUCUAUUUUUAAAGUAAAUUAUUUGUAAUUUUAGUUAAGCACUAGUUAGAGAUGCAAGCGAGGAGCCACAUAGUGGAUGUAUUGCAUUAAAGUCAUUAUUAUUAUCAGUAUUAUUAUUAUUAUUAAUUUAAAAGCGUUUCCACGGAUAACGGCUGAACAUCAAGAUUGUCCAGUUUUAACCGUAUUUCCGACUUUUCGACCAUAAAAACUUCAUCCCAAAGUAUGUCGAUUUCCCCAGUGCCACGAAAUACAGCUGCAAGUAAUAUAAGACUGAUAUAUAUUGACCCUGAAAAACCCUACCGAGCCACCUUAAACAUGAUCCAAAAUGGCGGCUCAUAGAGUGGCAUGUUUUAACAUCUUUUAAGAAGGUUUUUAUUGGACCGGAGGGGCUUUGAAGGCUCUGAGAACAGUCAGAAACUCAAUGCAUUGUCAUCUUUUUACGUGUGUCUGGAGUGAAACAGAGGCUGUGUCAUGGUUGUCCUGUUUAUUUUGUAAUACAGUUCACUACGCGUUCAUAUUCUCUAUGGAAUUUGAGAAUUUUAAGUUCGUGUCAAAGAAAUAUGCCUCUCAAACAUUAUUUUAAAAGUUGCAAAACGAACAAUGAACUUUAAAAAAAGUGUUAGGUUAACCAGUUGCCAAUAACCACGACGCCGAUCCGUUUCAAUCUUCUUCAAGUUUGCCCAUACGUUACUCCUUUUGAAUUUACUGUACCGUUGAUACCCUCUUUUCAUGUUGUGAGCAGUAAUUGUUGUUUUUCAAUCAGUUUGGUCGUGGUUUCUACCGUUGAAAUUUUGAUAAUUGUGGUGUCACAGCCCCUUAAAGGAGCUGUGUCACGAAAUUCAGCCAAAUUAAGAACUUACAAAAUGCUCCUUAAAUUUAGAGAAACAUAAAAAUAACCACUUAAAACUUUAAAGGAAGGUUAAUAUAACAUAAGAGAAACAACAGAUGCCACGGAUGGGCAAAACUGAAGAAGAUUGAAACAGAUUGAAAUUAGGGUUUUUGAAAACUGUUCAGCCUAACAGUUUUUCAAAGUUUGCCCCUGCUGAUUGACUUCAAAAAUAAUGCUCAGGAGACAUAUUUGUUUGUCUCGGAUCUCUGAUGUUCUCAUUUAAAUGUAAUUUCUUUGCUUACUUUAAGUUCCAUACCGAUUGAGGGCGAGUAAUUGGCAAAAUUAAACAAGAUGAACUGGACUACCGUGACACAGCCCCUUUAAAGAAAGGUGCUUUUCAUUUCACAGGUUGUGGCUCGGUUUUUAACAAUACAUUGAAAAGCCCUGAUUAUACAAAUGACUACCCAAGCAAUAUGCACUGCGUUUACAAGAUCGCUAUUCCAGGGGGCAUGGCAUUGAAAAUCACCUAUCAAGAUUUUCUUUUGGAGUAUCCAAAUGUUUUUACUGGGAAAUGGUAACUUGAGAAACAUUCUUUAUUGACUUUCUAUUACGUCAGGGGCACCCAACGUCAAUUUUCGGAAAAUAUCUGUUCGGAAGACGAUUUGAGAUCUCGAACUUUCGGAACAUUUGUUGUAAAAUUUCUUGCUUGCCUGCCUCUCCUAGGAUUUUCGAACGUCUAAACAAUGGUAUAAUUGCCCAUUUUUAAGGGAUUUUUACCCUAAAAAGAUCACCUAGAAUUUUCGGGAGCCUUUUAUCUGGCUGAAAUUUUCGAAAAGGUAGGUUUUGAUUCCUAUAAUUUUCGGAUCACUAGACUUUCAGCUAGGAAAUCCGAACAGAUGAAAAAUUUUUAGGGGAUAAAAAUAUGCCUAUAUCUACCGUUUAAAUACUAAAAUACGUUUAACAAUGCUAUGUUUAAGUGGUUUUGAACUAUGUUCUUGUUGGGUGCCUCUAUUACGUCUCUUAGCCAUACUGUCUAAAAAGGUAAACACUAAAGAAUUGUUUUCUUCAGGUGGGGUAUCCACGAACGAAGUGGUGGCUCUCAAACUCUCAAUUUUGAACUGGAAAGUGGCUCUUUCUUCUUUUCGGCUUAUUCCAGGGCUUACCUAUUACAAAUCGUUUUCUAUAAUUCACAAGAACUUUGGCUUGUCAGGUGACGGCCAAUCUUAAAUUGGACCACAAUAAAAACUACUGGAAUUUCCAGUAAUUGUGUUAUUCAUUAUUGUUAUCGAUAUUUAAAGUCACACUUACCUAGGCAUUCCUUGACGCAAUUUUGAAACGAAAAAGCAGUCUUCUCUAUCAUAUAUUGAGCGAUAUAUGCCAUGUACACAUGCCUUAGGUAAAUUGACAGUAUUCAAAUAAGUUGUCCACUGAGCAGCUUCAAGUUCACUCGGCUAACCAUCAAUGUUACGAUUGUGAGUCCACCGCCCCCCUUCCAACACCAUAGCAUAAAGAAACCCCCUUAAGCUAGUUUUAUUAUUGAUCAACCAUAAUUUUGCGUUUCAGUUAUGAUUAUUUAAACGUUACAGAUGAUGAAAACAAUUACGUUACUCAUGAUUGUCGUCAAAGUACUGGGAAGGAAAUAUUUGUGGGUGGCAAAGAAGCUUUGAUAACAUUCCACUCUGACGGUGAUUACCAAAAGAGAGGAUUUAUGCUGCUGUUCACCUUUAUUCAUCCUAGUAAGUGAUUUUGUAAGAAUUGAGUUCAACAAAACCACUGUUGCGUGGAUCGUACGUGGAUCACUAAGAUGGAAGUGAACAACUUUUUGCUACAUUUCUAUCGGUUUGGUCCAGUUGUUUUCGCAGCUUUUUUUUUAACUUGGCGGUUAAGAAAUGCUUUUGGUGAUAAAUUUCAAGAGAAAAUGUAAGGAAGCAAUUUGGACCACUAGCUUUAAAACAAGAACAAAUUAAAAAAAAAAAAACAUCGAGGUAAGAGAACAGGUGUUUAAUUCGUAGACGGGUUUCAUCUGCUCUGUCAAGCAUGUGUUCUUCAAAUGUGCUGAAGUGCGUUCAGUUUUUUUAAUUCAUGUUAAAUCCGGCUCAAACAGAGUUUUCCUGUAGAGGUUCGAGGACAAAAUGCCUUUUGAAUACUAUAUUUAAAAUAUAGAAGACCACCUGUAGUGAUUUAUUUUAUUUAUUUAUUUUCUUUUUUCACAUCAAUAAGCUUUACCCAAGAUAAUUCUACCAGACCCUGCUUUUAUUGUGCGAGCAUUUAAAGAUGCUAGAUUAUCAGUAACAACCACUGGAACUCCACCGAUAGUUUUGAGUCUUAUGAAGAACUCCACAGUACUUGGACGUGCAGUCAGCGCUGGAAAGUUCAAAUUAUCAGGUCAAGGAAACUACAGUUGUGUAGCAGUCAAUAAUUAUGGAAACUAUACGAGAAUUGAUUUCAGUGUCGUUUUUAUCGGUAAGUACUGUUUGGUUUGUGAUGUUGUAUCAUUUUUCUAUCGAAUCCCCCUUAACCAUCGGACGAACAUUCAGUCACACCCCCACCGUGGUACAAGGGGAGGGGGGGGUGAUAGAACCCCCUUGGGUUUUCGAUAUGCUGCAAUUUUGCCUACGGUGGAAAGCCUUUGAUCGUCUCUACAAGAUGGAGAUAUAUUUUAUGGGUGUUGGCGCUGCUGAAGGUCUGUGACGUCACCAAACAUGGUCGCCAUCUUGACCGCCGUCUCGGAUUUUUUCAAGAAUUAGAAAUCAGGAAAAACAGUGUGAAUUAAUAAUUUUUUGCGCUUAACAUGUAAAAUAACUCAUAAAUAAUUACUUUGCAUCAUUUCAUCCACAAGUUUUACUUUUGAAAAAAGUUGAAAAAACAUGCAUUUUCACUCAAAAAUGGCUUGACACCUGCUACUUAUGACGUCUUAUAUCGUAACCAUAGUAACUGACCGCCACUAAACUUGUCUCAAAAUGCGCGCGAAGGAUAAACUAACAGCUACAGAAAACUUCAGGUGCUGAUGUUUUAUCGUCUAGGGAAAAAAUCAGAAAAACCUUAGUGGGGGUGGCUACCACUUCCCCUUCACUUGUACUUCUUAGGGUUAAUACAAUCUGUCCGUCAAACUGCGUACAUGUAAGUUAUUGUUUUCAAACAAUCCUAAUAGUCAAAAAUAGUCAUUAGAAGCUUUUUAUUCUCUUAUCUUUAAAUAUUGUUUGAUGCAGAUUGCAGACAAGAAUGCACUAUGUCUUCCGAGGUGAUUCCUGAAAAUAUGAUUUUUUGUCAGAAUGUAACGUCUUCCCUAUCUGACUUUCUCGAGGAAUGCGCACCAACGAUUACCCACAGUUUGUAA